GCGCACGCGCGGGAGUUUCUGGCAGAAAGCAGGAGAGCCCGGGCCGGCGCGGGGCCUUGUGGGAGGGCUUAAGGAAGUAAAAUGGCGGACCUGGCGAACGAAGAAAAACCUGCCAUUGCUCCGCCCGUCUUUGUGUUUCAGAAGGAUAAAGGACAAAAGUCCUCUGCAGAGCAAAAAGACUUGUCGGAUUCGGGAGAGGAGCCUCGGGGGGAGGCUGAGGCCCCCCACCAUGGCACGGGUCACCCCGAGUCAGCUGGUGAGCAUGCCCUAGAGCCUCCUGCCCCUGCUAGCGCUUCAGCCAGCACUCCUGAAGCCCAGCUUCUUCCUUUCCCGCGAGAACUGGCAGGGAGGCCAGCUGGAGGCUCCAGCCCCGAAGGUGGAGAAGAUUCUGACCGAGAAGAUGGAAAUUACUGCCCUCCCGUCAAGCGAGAAAGAACGUCCUCUUUAACCCAGUUCCCACCUUCACAGUCAGUAUCAAAAAACAAUGUUUUUAUGCCAUCAACCUUCUGCGAGCCAUCUGCAGGCAAUUCUGACUCAGAACCAGAGGAAAAGAGCAGUGGAUUCCGGUUGAAGCCACCAACAUUGAUCCACGGCCAGGCACCCAGUGCAGGUCAUCUCGGUUACCUGGCACAUGAGCACCGAAAAGCCACUUUAAGGAGCCCAUCAGACCAAGGAAAUUCUCCCCUCUGUCUGCCGAGCCAGAAGCCCAAGGAGCAACAGCGGAGUGUGCUUCGCCCGGCAGUGUUACAAGCCCCACAGCCAAAGGCACUCUCACAGACCGCUGCCAGCAGCGGCACCAACGGGGUCAGCGUCCCGGCAGACCGCACGGGGGCCGCGACAGCGACAUCGGCCGACAGCCCUGCACGCAGAAGUCCGUCCGAUGAGGCGCGAGCACUUGAGGAGAAAGAGCCCCAGAAAAAUGAGUCUAGCGAUACUUGUGAGGAGGAAAACUGUGAGAAAAAAGAGCAAGUUGCACAGCAGGCGUUUGUGUUCGGGCAGAACCUGAGGGACAGAGUCAAGUUAACAAAUGAGAACACUGAAGUAGCUGACAUGGAGAACGCUGGACACCCCAGUUCAGAAACGCCAACUGCGACCAACUAUUUCCUUCAGUAUAUCAGCUCCAGUUUAGACAACUCGACCAAUAGUGCCGACACCGCCAGCAACAAAUUCGUGUUUGGCCAGAACAUGAGCGAGCGUGUGCUGAGCCCACCUAAAUUAAAUGAAGUCAGUUCAGAUGCCACCAGGGAAAACGCAGCUGCUGAGUCCGGGUCCGAGUCCUCAUCCCAGGAGGCCACCCCCGAGAAAGCUAAUAACAUUUCAGAGUCCCUGGCCGAGUCGGCAGCCGCCUACACCAAGGCAACAGCACGGAAGUGUUUGUUGGAAAAAGUGGAAGUCAUCACCGGGGAGGAGGCGGAGAGCAACGUGUUACAGAUCCAGUGUAAGCUGUUUGUCUUUGACAAGGCCUCGCAGUCGUGGGUGGAGAGAGGCCGGGGGCUGCUCAGGCUCAACGACAUGGCAUCGACUGACGACGGGACGCUCCAGUCUCGACUAGUGAUGCGGACCCAGGGCAGCUUGCGACUGAUCCUCAAUACCAAGCUCUGGGCCCAGAUGCAGAUUGACAAGGCCAGUGAAAAGAGCAUACGCAUCACAGCCAUGGACACUGAGGACCAGGGCGUGAAGGUUUUCCUGAUCUCAGCCAGUUCCAAGGACACGGGCCAGCUGUAUGCAGCCCUGCACCACCGCAUCCUGGCCCUGCGCAGCCGUGUGGAGCAGGAACAGGAAGCCAAGAUGCCUGCCCCUGAACCUGGGGCAGCCCCGUCCAACGAGGACGACAGUGACGAGGACGUCCUGGCUCCAUCGGGGGCCACCGGAGGCGGUGCUGGCGAGGAAGGGGAGGGGCAGACGGCCGGAAGCACAUAGCGCCGGGAGCCGGCUGCCCACGAGCCUGCUGCUUUGUCCGUCUGUCUGCCCGCCCGCCCGCCCGCCCCGCCAGCAGUGUGGAGGCGCAGGGCUCGGGAACCACACUCCCCGCUGGGUUGGCCACAGUUCGGAUCCGCAUGUCCCGUUCAGAAGCAGACUCGGGAACUGCCUGAAUGUGGUUUGGGACACGAGACCUCAUCAUAUUGAUGAGCAAAACGAAAAAGAACAUUUCUUCCCUCCCCUCCUUUGAAUUGAAAUGGCACAUUAAGACUUGUCACGGCUUCUCACUGGGACUGGGACACUUGUUUCUUCACCCCUCCCUCCUCGUGUCCCCGGCCUCUCUGCCGUCGCCCGUCCAGGCCACCGGGUCUGUCCACACAAGUAUAAACACUGGGCCUGCUGGACGCUCUGCUAACUACCGUUUUUCCAGUUUCCCACACUCUGAUUUGGGGCUUAUAUUUUUAGAUCUUUUUCCCCCAAGGCUUUGUGUUUGGUUUCUUAGGUUCGGACUCUGCUGUGCAUUGAGUGGGUACAGCUCUGUCCUGGGCCACAUCCUCCUCCUCCCAGGGCUCCUGGCCUCUGUGCUGGGGUGGGAGUCACCCCCCCACACUUUGUUCCCCACCCAGGGUUGCUCCAGGCCCAGUUGUGGGGUAUUGAGGGGUUGGGCCCCAGACCUGGAAAGAGCUUAUCUAAAAAAGGGUCACUGGACCUGGGUGGGUCCCCACCCACCCUCCUGCCUUUUCCCAUCAUGUCGGUCACCCAUCAUGUGGCACCCAGAGGCAAACCUUCCUGCUGCUGGCCAUUCCUUGCCCAGCCCUUGACGACAUCACUGCCCCAAGACCAUCCAGGACCAGGGGCCCCUGUGAGAGGCAGAGGGGGACCUCAGCGGGACCUUCGAGGAGGGGGCAGGGGGCUGGUUCCAGGCAACCGGCCGUCUGCCACAUUCGCAGCACACACAGGAGUGGGUGCUGUGCCUACCCCCACCCUGGAGCAUGGCCAGGAGCCAGCCGGGCUUCACCCACCUGGGGCGGCCUGUGAAGAAGGGCCCUGUGCACAGGGCUCCGAGGGAUUUCCGAGCAAAGUGCCCAGCCCCGCCCUCGGGGUGAGCGGAAGGCCUUGUCUCCACAGCUGUGCCACCCACACCUUGGGUCGGUUGUGUGCAGCCUGAGCCGUGGGAAGGCGCCAAAGGCCCUCCCAGCAGAUCCAGUCACACUUCUCUGCUUUAAGCCUUAGCCAAGUAGUGACAAGUAAAACCAGAUAAUGCCCAUGUGUUUUGGAACAUUUAUGUAAGAUUGUCAUAUGAAAUGUAUUUGGGAACUACAUUAAAACUUUUAACUAAAA